AUGAUACAUUACGUGGAAGAGCUGGAAAAGCUUAAAUUUAAAAUGUUGGACGAACUAAAUAAACUAGGUGAAGAUUCUCUCACAAGCAACACUUCAGAAAAUGACAGUAAAGAUAUAUGUAUGGAAUGUACUAAAUUUGUUAUGCAAUUUGAAUCGACACUUAGAUGUGCUACCGUUGCAAUAAAUCAAAGUAAUAAAGCCAUCAAACUUACAUAUGUUCAAAGCCAAUCGCUAGACACAAUGGAUACUUUGAAAGUUGAAGGGAAACUACAAGAAUGUAAGAAUGAAACCGCAACAGCGAUUCAAGAUAUUAUUAUGUUAACUAAUUGGAAUUAUGAAUAUAAGGAGAAGAUGAGAAAAAUGGCAAAGGCAAACUAUUAUCAUCAAUUAAAUCAAGUGGAUCAAUUGAGGAAUGAUGCUAUUGAUACACAUACAAAGUCAACAAUGUCUACAGAACAAUCACACGAUACACGUACAGUAGAUAUCCAAGGGACCUCGACAAAAGUACAAUUGCUAUCACAAACUAAGAAACUAAGUAAUAAUUUGAUUAAAGGUAAUCAAAUUCUACAAUCAAGUAUUUUACAAAGUAGCCUAAAUCUAGAUGAGCUCAAACAACAGACUAGUUCUUUACAAACCGUUGAUGAUAAAUAUGAUCAAUUCCAAUUGAUAGUAAACAAGACUUCCUCCCUAGUAAAAUCGUUGGAAAAGGCCUCUAACCAAGAGAAGAGAGAUGUAUAUUUGGCUUUAUUUUUCUUAAUAGCCUGUGUAUCGUGGGUGAUUUGGAGACGUAUCUUAAAGAUGCCAGUAAAAUUAUUCAUUUGGGUGUGUUUCAAAUUCUUCAAAAGCAUUUUGGUUACUAUUGGACUGGUUCAAUCCACUAUCAGUACAACUACUAUGAAGGGUAACACCAUAACGACUACGAGCUCUUCUGUCAUAAAAGAGGCAACACAAUCACUUGAACAAAUUGUUGACGAGGCUAUGGACAGAAUACUCUCCUCUCAUGAUGAGUUAUAG